CGAAGAACAAGAACAAGGAAGAGGUGUUUCAAUUGGCAAAGAGAUAGGGAACGUGGCCUUAGCAAAAUAGAACGUUCUUAAAUGAGAAACGACCAGUCUUCAUAGAUCGAAAACAGUAUACACGUCUCCUUUGGGUUGGACAACUUGCAAACAUGGCGGAUGUUGAUCAAGGAUCGGUCUUACCCAGCGAAACUUCACCUCUCAUUCUGGAUGGCCUGAAUUCUACCGACUCAAAUGGUACCGACGCUGUCAACGCGACUGUGGCCAAGUUUGUGGCGACACCGGAGGGAACGGCACUGGCAUAUGGCAGCCUUGUUUUUAUGGCUCUGUUGCCCAUCUUCUUCGGUGCACUGCGGUCAGUCAACUGUGGCAAAAGCAAGGUUGCUGGAGAAAAUGGUUGCGAUUAUGAGUACAGAAACUCCUCAGACAUGCCAGAGACCAUCACAGGCAGAGAUGCUGCACGGUUCCCCAUAAUCGCCAGCUGCACCCUCUUCGGCCUCUACCUCUUCUUCAAAAUUUUCUCACAAGAGUACAUCAACUUGCUGCUGUCAAUGUAUUUCUUUGUCCUGGGGAUUUUGGCACUGUCUCAUACAAUGAGUCCCUUCAUGAACAGGAUCUUCCCUGCUAACAUUCCCAUCAAGCAGUACCAGCUGCUCUUCACUCAGGGCUCAGGAGAGACCAAAGAAGAAAUUGUCAACUAUGAGUUUGACACCAAGGACAUGAUCUGCCUGGUCAUCAGCACUGUGGUUGGGGUCUGGUACAUCCUCAAGAAGCACUGGAUUGCCAACAACCUCUUUGGCCUGGCUUUCGCCCUGAAUGGGGUGGAGCUUCUGCACCUAAACAAUGUCAGUACUGGCUGCAUCCUGCUGGGGGGGCUGUUUGUGUAUGAUGUCUUCUGGGUGUUUGGCACCAAUGUCAUGGUUACCGUGGCCAAGUCGUUCGAGGCACCCAUUAAGUUGGUGUUUCCCCAGGACCUGUUCGAGAAGGGUCUAGGUGCCAAUCAAUUUGCCAUGCUGGGUCUUGGAGAUAUUGUCAUUCCAGGUAUCUUCAUUGCUUUACUCCUCCGCUUUGAUGUCAGUCUGAAGAAGAACACCAGGACCUACUUCUACACCAGCUUCCUGGCCUACAUCUUUGGCCUGGGUAUGACCAUCUGGGUCAUGCACACCUUUAAACAUGCCCAGCCUGCCUUGCUGUACCUGGUCCCAGCCUGUAUUGGAUUCCCGGUGGUUGUAGCUCUGUUGAAAGGAGAACUGACCGAGAUGUUCAGGUACGAGGAAGUCUCUCCGGAAGAUGCUGCAGCGAAAGAAGAGACCACAGAGGCUGAGAAAAAAGAUAAAUGACGACACAGUUUCCACAAGCUCGUCCAUCACUGGCUGCCACCACAUUUCACAUCAGCCCACCUCUCUACAUGUUUCCCAUGUGCUGUGCUGUACUUGGAAAUGGCUGAUUUAUUAAGUAACUGUUUUGACAUUGGGAUAUUUUGAAGUUCAAAAGUGGUUUGUUACACACAUUGUACAACAGCUUAUCUGUUUCUUCCAUAUUUUUUUGUUGUUUUAUUUGAAAGGCCAGAAUUUUAAAAUGGAAUAAGUGUUGUUGUUUUUAGGGGAGGGGAAGGGAGGGGGGUUCUGCGAUAUCACAGGAAGCUGAAAUUUUUAUUUUUUAUUUUAUUGUCAGAAACAUUUUUCUCUCCCAGCCUGAUUUAUUUGCAAUGAUUGUCUAGUUUGAUCUCUGUACCAAGUCCGUUCUUGGUUUAUGCCUUUGUCAUAGAGAAUGUGAAGUAUAAUAGGAUGGUGUUAGGGACGUGGGAGAUGAGUUUACCAUUGUGUCAUACACACUUUACAUGGACGUUAACCUUUGACAUGGAACUCGACCGUUGGUAUCUAUAUGAAUGGCACCUGGCUUCUCUGGUCUGGAAGUAUUUGGCUUCAACAAAGACAUCUAACUAUGUACUACUGUACUAGUCUCAAUGUAUAAUUGUGCCAAUUUAGUCAUGUGUGUAAUUACAUGAUACCUGACAUGUUAGUCAGUAUAGUGGUAAUAAUAGCUCCGAGUUCAGAUCAUAGCAUUAAGAAGUAACUGAACUUGGGAAAUCGAUCACAUUUUGAUAUUUUUAUGCACAUUUGCUAUGACACUACUAUUUACGUGAGUCAUACUCUGUCAUAUCAAAUCAGAGAAGUCUGUUAUAUGGAAACUAUAUUUGGUAUUGUAGUUAGAGGUCCCAUGCAGUGACUGAAAUGUACCUGCAGGUGGAGACAGUGUCAAAAGAACCAUGUCUCCUCAGAGAGGAGACCAAAGGACCAAAUAAUUCCUCCUCUUGCUUUAGGUCGUAACUGCUUUGCUUUAAUAAUGUAUUUUCUUUCUGGCCUUUUGCAGUUUGGCACAGUGUGUUUCAGGUUCAGAAAGACAAGGGAGAAGCUUUUUCAUUUUAGGGCUUUAAGAUUGAGCAGUUUUGGUAAAGAUCAUGUCCACAUCCUGCCUGGUGAAGUUCAGUAACCCUAUCAUUUUAAGAAAUGUACUUUUUCUCUUCUUUUUUUCUCCUAUUGUACUUGUGCAAGUCAAAGUUUAUGAGCCUGUGUUCAGGAGCCGAUAUCUAUUUUGUUUGCAAUAAAUGUGGGCGUAUAUCACCGUAGGGAACCAUAA